GCUCUUUGCGAAUCAGUGCAGUAGCAGCAGCAGCAGCAGCACAUUUUCAAGAUGUUUCCGAGAGUCUUAUGGAUUGCCGUGACAAUAAUCGUGCUAUUUUGCGUUCAUACUUACGCUCAACUCGUGUCAUUAGUUUGCUUAGGCUGUUUGUGCGAAGUUAGCACAGGAUGUAAUAUUACUAUUGGUUGUAACAACAUGGUAUGUGGACCAUUUUCAAUAACAAAAUACUACUGGGAAGAUGUUGGCAAACCACCUCCAAUGGGCGAAUCGAGCAGUGAUGACGAUGCUUUUCACAAAUGUGUUAAUGAUUUGUACUGUGCUGGUUAUACGGUACAGGCCUAUAUGGCUAAACACAGUAAGGACUGUAACGGAGAUGAAGUAAUCGAUUGUGAUGAUUAUGUACGUCUUCAUCGACUUGGUUCAGCCGGCUGCAACAACUCGCUAAGCAGUGAUUACGAGAACAAAUACAAAUUAUGUUUACAAACCUUUGAACGUAAAUAAUAGAUAUAUCUUUUAUUAUUUUUUAUGUUAAUACAAAUCAACAUAAGAUGUGUUUAUACUAA